AUAACAACAAUUUAUAGCCGUUGCGCCAUUUUUUUCUCGGUUGAAGUUCUAUUGAGAAUUGGAGGAAAAAUUUAAAAAGAACAACAACAAAAAAAGAGUUUCUCAUUGGAUGCAAUGGCCGCCGCCGUUAUCUCUUCACUGUCAAAGAGCUUUGGACAAAUUCCUCCGUCGGCCAUUCCACCUAUGUUGGAUUGUAUAUUGACCUCAACUGCCGUAUCUUCGUCGUCACUUUUCUCUUCUCUUCUCGACGAUCUCCCCGAUCUCAUUGAGAGUGGUAACAGAGAUGGGAAAUUGGAUUCUGAUCGUCGGAACAGUAUUGCGUCAAUGAUUGGAGCGUUAUGCCAUCUUCUUACUAAAGCGAGUAUUGGUCGUGAAGAGCUGCAAUCUUUUUUAUGGAAAGGGUUUAUUCCACUGAUGAAAAUGGGACAUGAUUUUGACCAAGAGCUUCUUAACCAGAUUGCAGAUUCAUUCUUUGAUGUUGUACAAAGUAUUCAUGCCUGGGAAGUUCUGGAAGAAAAUUUGGUGCCUUUUUCCCUAAGGUCUAUUGGCUUGGCUGCUGGUAUAAUUCAAAAUGGAGAUUUGCAAGGUACUGGAUUGGAUAGGAGCUCACUUUUCCAUGUCUCAAGUGAUUUGAUUGAGAAGUUCAUAGAAAAUUUGCAUGUUGGCAAGGAUUGUAAGCUGUCUAUAUCUGGAUAUUUUCCCUUGCCAGUAUCAUGCCAUGUUUUAAGCCUUACUUUGGAUGCUGCGCUACGAAAUUUUCAAGCUGCUCCAGUUACAGGCUCAGUUUCAGAAAACGUGUCUUCUGUUGAAAGUUUCACUGCUAAUUUACUUUGGAAUUUGUGUAAUGCGACUGAAAGACUACUCUUACAAGGUUCAGAAAGUCGGUCUUGUACAAUUGGCUUUCUUCUACCUGUCAUAUUCAAAGCAUUUGUUUCUCAAAGCUCUUUUGAAAUCUCAGUUCAUAGGCAGAUACAUAUACUGUCCAGGAAUCAUUUCUUUAUGAGAAUGUGGACGUGCUGUAGAAAAUUGUUCUCUCUUGGAUCAUUAGAGAGGAGAGAUGCAUACAGGAUACUUUCCCUAUAUUUGUCUUAUUUCUCCUGUGGUGGAACUUUUCAAAACGCUAACAUGAGUGAUGGAGCGGAAGUGUUUGAUAUAAGAAGUGAAAAAGAUCUUUGGAAUGAAAUCAAAAGAGGAUUGGUUGAUGAGGAGGGCCUAGUGAGGAAGCAGUCAUUGCAUAUACUGAAGACACUGUUAUGUAUGGAUAGUGGGAACCAACAUCAUUCUGAUAUUUCAGAGAAGAAAACCCAAGGGAAACAUUCAGUUCCUCAUGGUGUGACAAAGAGAGGGCUCUGGGCUUAUAAAGAAGCAAAGUCACUAGGGGUAGGGAAACUCUGCAACUCAGUUGAUUCAGGCAUGAACAGUCAGCAGCAGUGGGAGGCUUUCGUUCUCUUAUUUGAAAUGCUUGAAGAGUACGGUACUCACCUUGUAGAAGCUGCUUGGAAUCAUCAGAUAACUUCGUUGCUUCAAUUUUCUGUCUCACAUGAUAACUUUGUGAGUGCUAUUAGUGGAAGCAUGCAUCAAACUCAGUCAGAAACUUGGGCUGAAGUCUUUAGCUGGUUAUCAAUUUUGUGGAAGCGAGGGUUUUGUCAUGAUAAUCCUCAAGUUAGGUGCAUGAUCAUGCAGUCAUUUUUGGGAAUAGAAUGGAGAAAAUAUGGAAGCUGUGUGAAGUCAGUACCUGAGAGUUUUAUUCUCGGUUCAUUGAUGGAAGCUUUGAAUGAUCCAGUUCACCACAGUGAUUUUGGUGUUAAAGGAAUUUACUCUUCAAAAACAAUUGAGGGUGCUACUCAUUUUUUGCAUCACUAUUCAAGCUACUUGGAUGCAAGGGAAACAGUUAUCUUUUUAAAGAGCUUAGCAUCCCUUGCUAAAAGGAAAUCUUUUAGUAGAGCCGGCUUGAUGGGUCUUGCAGAAUGUAUUGCUGCAUCUGCUUUUGGGGCUCAUAAAUACAGCAACAAUAAAGUCGAAUCUUGUGAAUUCGGUACUGUUGAUGAGGUCCAACCGGAAUAUUCUUUGGAGAACUUUCUGCAUGAUAACGGGACAGAGUUGCUCGAUUUUCUUAGAUAUGUUCUUGAGAGUAGCAAACAACAUUUCAAUCCUAAUUACCGUUUUCGAGUCUGUGAAAAAGUAGUAGAGGCUGCUGCUUCUAUGGUGCCAGCAAGUGAUGUUUCUCUUGAGAUACUUUUGCACUUCAUUUCUACUUUGCCACGGGAAGUUACUGAUUAUGGUGGUUUGCUACGUGUAAGAGUGCAAGACUGGCUUUUGCAAAACCAUCAAGUUACUCGUUCUGGUGGUAUCCAGAUGCAGCUUUUGGAAAGUCUCAACGAAUUUCCAAAAUGGUUCAUUAUUCAUCAUUGUUUGUUUCAAAAUUUCGACGAUGAAGACUUGGGUGCGUGGGAAUUUGAAGUGAGAAGAUGGGCAAGAGUACUAUUUCUUGUAAUCAAGGAAGAACAUCAAUUAGCACCUUUAAUGACGUUUAUACAACAAUAUGGAACAAAUAUUCGUAAACAAAAUAACUAUUCAGAGUGGGUACCUGUGAAGUUUCUCACCCUUAUAUUGGGCUUAAUUCAAGAGAUCCAGGUAAUGCAGAGAAGAAAACAUGGGGCCAAAGUUCAAACCAAAUUUGAAAUUCAGCGGCUGGAGACAGAGGAGCAAUCAAGUGAGGCAGAAGCUUCAAACAUUUACAAUAUGUUCACUGAUUCUUUACUUCUUAUACUGGAGGAACUUGUAUCCUUUUGCAACUUGUCUUGUUCCAUAUUCUCAUCUGGUUCUGAUAUAGAGGACAAGGUUCUGCCUAGUUCUGUGAGAGGAAAACUUGGUGGUCCUAGUCAACGAAGAUUAUCAAUUUCCUUGACAACUGCUGUGUUGCAAGCUACAAUCUCCGUUAAAGCUGUUGCAUAUAUCUAUGCCUGGUGUGCACAACACAGAACCGGUAUUCUAUUAAAUUCUGCCUUCACUGCUGUGUGGAAAUUCUUCUGUAAUACUAUCACAUCUCCAACUUGCAACUCUGAGAGUGAAGCUGAAGUACGUAUUGCUGCAUAUGAAGCGUUAGCUCCAGCGUUGAAAGCACUUGUCUCUGUAUUGGCUCCUCAAAGUUUGAUCCUUUUUAUGGAAAAUAGCAAGUCGUUACAGCCUGCAAUAGAAGGUGAACCUUGGUUAGAUACCUUGGUUUUUUCUUUUCUUCAGAAUAUCAAUAAUCUUCUUGCUGUUGGGUUUAUGGCGCGCACUAGGCGGGCAGUUUUGCUUAAUUGGAAGUGGGUUAUCUUGGAAUCUCUACUCUCAAUUCCUUAUUAUAGUUUUGGGAGUAAGCUUCAGCAAGAGGAUGGUAGCUUUUUUUUCUCUGAUGCUGCUCUCAUAAACAUUUUUACUGAUACUGUUGAGAGCCUUGAGAAUGCUGGGGAGGGUUCUGUUUUACCCAUGUUGAGGUCCAUCAGAUUGGCCUUGGAGCUAUUUGCUUCACGAAGGUUGUCUUUGGUUGUUUCCAGAUUCACUGGUGUAGAUUCUCAGAUGAUUUGGCGUUUGGUUCAUUCUUCUUGGAUAUUGCAUUCUAGCUGCAACAAGCGGAGGGUUGCACAUAUUGCUGCACUGUUAUCUUCUGUCUUGCAUCCAUCCUUGUUUAGUGAUGGGGACAUGCAUGAUGCUGAUAAUGAACCUGGGCCCCUGAAAUGGUUUGUUGAAAAGCUUCUGGAUGAGGGCACAAAAAGUCCCCGGACUAUCCGUCUUGCAGCUUUACAUUUGACAGGGCUCUUGCUAUCAAAUCCAACAACCAUAAAAUACUACAUAAAAGAACUGAAGCUGCUAACACUCUAUGGCUCUGUUGCUUUUGAUGAGGAUUUUGAAGCCGAGUUAUCUGAAAACGAUGAUGCAAGAACUGAAGUUACAUUAUUGACUAAAAUCCAAGAUUCUGAGUUGACCGAGGCAUUUUUAAACACAGAGUUGUAUGCACGUGUGUGUGUUGCUAAUCUCUUCUACAAGCUAGCUGACUUGACCAAUAGGUCGGGAUCAUCUACUGGAGACAAAGCUUCCCAGUCAGCCCUUGAAUCAGGAAAAUUGUUUCUGCUUGAGCUUUUGGAUACUGUGCUAAAUGAUAAGGAGCUUGCAAAAGAGUUGUAUAAGAAGUAUAGCGCGAUCCAUAGGCGAAAAAUACGUGCUUGGCAAAUGAUAUGUGUUUUGUCACAAUUUGUUGAUGAUGAUAUAGUUGGAGAAGUCACACAGUGCUUGCAAAUAGCUCUCUAUAGAAACAACUUACCUUCUGUUCGCCAGUAUUUGGAAACAUUUGCAAUUAAUAUUUACAUGAAGUUUCCCUCUUUGGUUGCAGAGCAAUUGGUUCCCUUAUUACGAGAUUAUGACAUGAGGCCACAGGCACUUUCUUCCCAUGUCUUCAUAGCAGCUAAUGUGAUCCUCCAUGCUUCUAAGGACAUUCAACUCAGGCAUUUGGAUGAACUACUUCCUCCCAUACUUCCGUUACUAACCUCACAUCAUCAUAGCUUACGUGGCUUUACUCAGGUUUUGUUACACCAAGUACUUUGCAAAUUUUUUCCAUCACUGGAUUCUAAAAGUUCUGAAUUCAUACCUUUGGAAAAAAGGUGCUUUGAGGAUUUGAAAUUAUACCUGGCAAAGAAUUCUGAUUGCAUGCGCUUGCGAGCUUCAAUGGAAGGCUAUCUGGAUGCUUAUAAUCCCAAAACCUCUGUUACUCCUGCUGGAAUUUUUGUUAGUCGGGUAGAGGAAAUCGGGUUUGAAUGUGUUCCAACAUCUCUCAUGGAACAAGUGAUCAACUUUCUGAAUGAUGUGAGGGAAGAUCUGAGAUGUUCGAUGGCGAAGGAUAUUGUCACAAUCAAGAAUGAGAGUCUAAAUAUGGCUGCAGGUCCUGGAUCGACUGAAGAAGUAUCUAGCGCUUGUGAAGAGAAAUUGGAGUUGCCUAAAGAUGCUCAUUUGGACUUCCAGAAAAAGAUUACUUUCUCUAAACAUGAGAAGCCAGACUUGGGUUCCAGUUCCUUAUUGUGCAAGGGAGAAGUGUACAAGCAACUUCUUGAAAUGGAAAAGGAAGAUGAUCUUCUUGAUCAGUUGUGGAAGUCUAGAAGCUUGGCUCUGGAGAGGGUAAGAGGAAAUCGGCAGCAUAUUAUCCUAGUAGCAUCAUUGAUUGAUCGCAUACCCAACCUUGCUGGAUUGGCACGUACCUGUGAGGUUUUUAAAACACAGGGGUUAGCUGUUGCAGAUGCAAAAAUAGUACAGGACAAACAGUUUCAACUCAUCAGUGUGACAGCAGAGAAAUGGGUUCCUAUUAUAGAGGUCCCAGUAAAUAGUGUGAAACAAUUCUUGGAGAAAAAGAAGCGGGAAGGUUUUUCGAUCUUGGGACUAGAGCAAACUGCAAACAGUGUACCUCUUGAUCAGUAUAUCUAUCCGAAAAAGACUGUGUUGGUUCUUGGGCGUGAAAAAGAGGGCAUACCAGUGGAUAUAAUCCAUGUUCUGGAUGCUUGCAUCGAGAUACCUCAGCUGGGAGUUGUUCGUUCACUUAAUGUACAUGUGAGUGGAGCCAUUGCUCUAUGGGAGUACACUCGACAGCAACGAUUGUGAUACGUUAGAAGUAAUUUUCAAACUUUACUUGUCAUUUUAUACUCGAAAUCAGCAGCCUUGGACAUCUCUAUCCUUUCCAUUUAAAUGAAUCAUUUUGUACCCCAAUAUCUUCAGUUUCUAUCAUUUGGCAGGUUGUAAAUUAAUUUGUUGUAUCUGAUUUGUAAUUUGAUAAUGUACUAUUUUUGGGAAUUAUGCCCUUGGGACCUCUCUUUCUUAAAUAAAUGGUACUUCUAUAA